CCCAUUAGCAGAAAAUGAAGAAACUGUGGUAUUUUCGGUAAGUCGUCGCCGUCCGGCAACAGUAUUGCGAAACAUUUCGCAGACGGCAGGCAUGCGCGCAAAUUGCGCUUCCUCUUGGCGGUGGCGAGUUGCUGCAGUACAAGGGGUGCUUACGGGGGUUGCAGACCUGAACGCAGCGGCGGAUCAAUGUUUUCAGUUUUAUUGUUGGUGAUUCACUAAUUGCAAGUGACCAAUGCACGGCGAUUAAGUCCCCGCAUCGCGUAGAUAUCCGCUCGUCUCUACGAGCUAUGGAAGAAAUUCUUCUUGAAGGCAAAAACUUCAAGCUGGUCAAUGAAUCAGAGCUACCAGAUAUCAUUAAUAUAUUAGCAACAUAUUUACCAGAUUCUAUAAAAUUCCAUCAAACACUAAAAACUUUUUUAAAUGAUCGGGUUUGGGAUUUUCAUUUUUAUGUCAGCAAGUCGUGGCCUGACGAGCCAGUCAUAUUACAUUUUCCGGGGAUGACACUAACACCAAAUGGAAAAACUUAUGAAAGCUUUAGCGUUUUCUGUCCAUGUGAUAAAUUAGAAUGUUUAAAAUUAUUAGAAGAAGAAGACGUACUAAUCAACUGGAAAGAACCAAUAUACUUAAAUUUUACACAUAAUUUAAUAAUGGCAAAAAUAGAAGAUUUUUAUCAAGAUAUAGGGAUAGUAGAGAAACAAUAUGGAGAUAUUUAUAUAUUAUCAGAUCAAAAACAUGACGAGAAGGAGGAUAUUCUAGCCGACAAUGCGGAGAUAAUUCAACUGCAGGAAGAGAAUGUUCCGAUGAUCUAUGAUUUGUAUCCGGCCAAUCAGUUGGAAACCAUAGAUGUCUUCAAGAAAUUGGUAGAAAAAUUGCCCUGCUACGGCAUAUUUUCGUCGUCCGGUGAACUCGCCGCUUGGAUGGUUCAGUCAUAUUACGGAGCGAUGUUUUCAAUGCAGACACGUUCUGAAUAUAGACGCAAGGGCUACGGAAUGAUCCUGGCCAAGUAUUUGACGAAGGUGGUGCGCGACAGGGGUUACAUCCCCUAUGUGGUGAUCCGUCCUGAGAACGACGCCUCCAAGGGUCUCUAUAGCAAGUUGGGCUUCAAGAGACACUUCCAAACGAUCCGAGCGAUUCUGCGGCCUUACAAUGUAGAAAUUUAACAAUGGACAAAGAGGGAUAGCUUCCAGAAUUACGUUCGAAUGUAUUUUUCAAAACUGUUUUAUGUACUUCCGCUUAUAAGAGCACAGUAUACAUUUUUUUUUUUAUUUGAGAAUGUGAAACUUCGUGAGACCUCAUUAACAUCAAUAGGUAUUCCUUAGUACAAACGUUAUUCCAAUUGCCAUCAUCAAUUAGAAGUAAUACUUGUAAUGAACUAUUGGGUUGGUGAAGUCUUCCGAUAAUUAUUAAGUGUUUUUAGUUCAUUUCUACGCAUUCAAACGAUUAUAUGAUAACGGUGUUAUAUACAAAUUUGUGAAUUGGUUUAGAGAAUAUAUUUAUUUCUAUAAUAAAUUUUACCAACCACAUAACAACGGUAAAAAAAAUUGAACUUUUAUUAUAUCUGACUUUUUCAAAUUAGCUGUUAUCAUCAGGAAUUUCAAUUAUAUGAAAAUAUGUUAUUUAUUUUAUAUUUUGUUGUCAUCAAGUACUAGGAAUUGUAUUUUUUAUAAUGUACUGCUGUUGUUGACAUUCAGUCCCAUAAAACACAUUUAUUGAAAAUAUUGCUGCUACGAAAUUUUAACGCUCGCAGCCACUUUGUGUUCCUUUCCUUAAAAAAUUAGACCCCUUGCAUUUAUUGCCAUUAAAAAAUUGCAAAUCUAUAAUAUAGUAUUAUUAUAAUACCC